GAUCAUGAUAAGAAGGCAGACACGAUUGAGAAGAGAAUAUCUUUACCGCAAGGGUCUCGAGGAGAAAGAGAGAGCUACAGCUGAGAGGAAGGCUCAGCUAAAAGUAGCUGUAGAGGAAGGUAAACGGAUACCAACUGAAUUAAAGAAGGAUGCGAUCAACCUUCAGAAACAGAUCGAUCUUGACGGGAAUGCGGAUACGACAAUAAACUCUAUAGAUGACGAGUAUCUGUACGCGGGAGUACAAGACCCCAAACUAGUGCUCACCACCUCCCACGACCCCUCCUCUCGACUCAAACAGUUUGCAAAGGAGAUCCGUCUCAUUCUCCCAAACUGUCAGCGCCUCAACCGUGGACACUUCGUGGUGAAGGAUCUGGUAGAGGCGUGUAAAAGUAACGAUGUGACAGAUCUGGUAGUGUUACAUGAGCACCGUGGUGUCCCGGACAGCAUUGUCAUCUGUCAUCUCCCUUACGGCCCUACUGCUUAUUUCUCCCUCUCCAAUGUGGUCAUGAGGCACGACAUCCCCAAUGUUGGACCUGUUCAGGAGGUCUACCCUCACCUUAUCUUCCAGAAUUUCACUACCAAACUGGGAAAGCGUCUUGAGAGUAUAUUAAAAUACCUGUUCCCUGUUCCAAAACCCGAGAGUAAACGAGUUAUGUCGUUCGUUAACAGUGAGGAUUACAUAUCCUUCAGACAUCACACCUACACCGGGCCAGAUAACAAGAUCGAGCUGUCCGAGGUAGGUCCCAGGUUCGAGAUGAGGUUAUUUGAAAUCAGACAAGGCACCUUGGAGCAGAAUCACACUAAUAUCGAGUGGAAGUUGAGACCGUAUAUGAACACUGCCAAGAAGAGAUACUUUCUUGGGGACGAAGAGGAAGAAACGUGAUGAGGGAGAUGAUUUAAUUUAUUACUUAACUUUCAGCUGUUCUGUUUCGUCCAGAUGAAUCUACUUUACUUCUGCGUUUUAACUGAUUGGGGUUUUUUAUUUUAUUUUUAACAACAGUCGACUAUUGGACGGAUUUGACCAAUUUUGUAAGCUGCACAAUUUAUCUUAUCAUAA